AACCUUCAAACUUCAAAGUCAAAGCGCUGGCGCGUAACUUCUUUGUCCACCAUGUACGAAUACGCUGAAGUCACAAUCGAACCUGGCCUUGAAGCGAGAGGGAUGUGCUCCAAUUUACCAUGAUACCCACCCGAAGGUUUCCAGAUUCCUGGAAGUCCCACGCAAGUUCCGCCGUGUUCCGGGGACACUCUUACAACAAUUUCAAAAACGGUGCUCAGGGGCUUGCAGGCUGCGUGACUGAAAACGAAAGGCAUCACGUCAUUGACUGUAGAACGAGCAGACGAAGUGGUAUCAGUAUUGAAAACAUCUAGACAGUAACCUACAGCGGAAUGUCAGUUUAUCAGGGCAUAAAAUAUUCGAAAUCCAAGUAUGCAAUUAAAAUCC